AUGGCUGAUUCCUCCUCGGAUGGAAAUGCUGAAGAAGAUUCAGAUGAUCCAGGACGACUCAGCAAAGAUCUCGCACUGAUCAUGAAUGGGAGAUAUGGUUCGAGCAACUAUCGAAGCAAAGGCAAGAGCAAGAACUACGACUCCGAUGAUGAGAAGAAAACAAAUAAGUUCUUCAAGAAGAAGAACAGCUCCUCCUCAAAAUCAUCGCCAAGAUCUUCCUCAAAGAAUCCUUCCAAGUCCUCCUCCAACCACAAGAAUACUUCUCGCAAGGCCAAGACAUACAUCGGCAAGGAAAUGGAGUCUGAGGAAGAAGAAUCAUCGGGUUCUGAAGAGGAAGAAGAAUCUGACGAAGAUUUCGAAUCCGACAUGGUUGGCAUAGCAUGUGCCUCCUCUGCUACGACAAACUUCUUCGGGAAUCCUUCAAGUGACGACAAAUCUCUUGCAUACUGCUUCAUGGCCAAGGCUUCGAAAGAGAAGGUAUCCUCCAAGCAUCACAAGACUCGCUCCAGUGAUAAAUAUUCUUCUGAUGAGGAUGACCAUGCUAAGUUGAUCAAAAUUGCCAAUAUACAACAAAAUUCUCUUGAGAAAAUUAAGAAAACCCUCAGGAAAUCUGAAGGGCUGUUGCUAGAGGAGAUGGAGAAAAACCAGUCGCUGACGGAAGAGUGCACUGAAUGGAUUAUGGAUAGUGGAUGCACUAGUCAUAUGACCGGAGACAAGUCGUUGUUUGUCAACCCCAACUUAACUACUUCUCCUUUGAAGUAUAUCACUUUUGGCGACAACAACAAAGGAAAGUCUGUUGCAGAUUCUGCCAAGGUACACAGUAUGGCUAAUGAUCAAAAGGCUCUCAUGGGAACGGUUGAUGAAUCAAAAGCACUGAAUGCAAAGGGCCCAACAGGAGGCCCGUCAUCCAGCAAGAGGAAAAGAUCCGAACCAAAUGCAGAUGAACAAGAGGCCAAGCACCUCAAGAAUGCUGAAAAGCGAGCCAAGAAGGCCGCUAAAGAUCAAGCCAAGGAAGAAGAAAAUCGUCAUCUCAUCAAAUCAGACGUUGAGAAGAAAAAGGCUGAAGGAAAAGUAGAACGCGGAAUGAAGAUCAAAUAUGAUCCAAAAUCUGCCGAUCUGAAGAAAAAGAGUGCCCCGAGGAAAAGGCCAGCUAAGCCUGUUGAACACCAAAGUGACUCUUCUGAUAGAGAUGAUCCCCCGCUCACUCGAGAAGAAAUUGAUGCAACUCUCUCUAAACAAGUAAAUGUGACUACGUCCACUAUUAUGCCUGAUCUUCGAGAAAGUGUCGUCCUAGUUGCAGCUCCGAAGAAGAUUCAUCUGAAAAGAAAGACGCCUCAUACCAUUGUCACUAUGGUUGACAAAUUGAAUAUAGAUCCUCAUCCUGAUGCAAUUAACUUGCAAGAUGUAGUAGUCCAAGCACCUGUUGGCUCUGCUAAGCCAGGAGAACAACUGCCGAGGCAAAAGAUGAAGCAAAUAAAAGGCCCUGCUGCAAAGCAAAAGGUUCCAAGUACUGAUGCUGUGAUGGAAAAGGCUGAACAAUUUGCUCCAAAACUGACUCAACCAUUGGCAUCAUUGCCUCUGACCGAGAAAAAUGUUGCACAGACUGCUCCUACGGCUCAGACCACUGCUCAGCCUCAAAAUGUCUCUGUUGCACCACAUUCCUUCGACCAUACCUUCAUCAUGGAGUAG